CGCGUACUUCACUUCCGGAUGGCUGCUUGGGAGGCUGCGCGCGUUGCCAUAGCGACCAAUUUUUACGUUAACUGGCUUGCUGCUUUUGUCCCCGUAACUGGGCGACUGCGGGGCCACUCUUUCACCCGCUCAUUCUAGGUUCCUGGGGGCCGAAAGGCCGCAGCAGUUUCCGGGGGGCUGGCCUAGGGUUCCCGCCGCGCCCCGCGUGGGCGUGAUGGCUACGGAGGAAGAGGACGAGGUGGAGUGGGUGGUGGAGAGCAUCGCGGGGUUUCUUCGUGGCCCGGACUGGUCCAUCCCCAUCUUGGACUUUGUGGAGCAGAAAUGUGAAGUUUUUGAUGAUGAAGAAGAAAGCAAAUUGACUUAUACAGAAAUUCAUCAGGAAUACAAAGAACUAGUUGAAAAGCUUUUAGAAAGUUAUCUCAAAGAAAUUGGAAUUAAUGAAGAUCAGUUUCAAGAAGCAUGUACUUCUCCUCUUGCAAAAUCCCGCACUUCACAGGCCAUUUUGCAACCCGUGUUGGCAGCAGAAGACUUUACUAUCUUUAAGGCAAUGAUGGUUCAGAAAAACAUUGAAAUGCAGCUGCAAGCCAUUCGAAUAAUUCAAGAGAGAAAUGGUGUAUUACCUGACUGCCUAACAGAUGGUAGUGAUGUGGUCAGUGACCUUGAACAAGAAGAAAUGAAAAUCCUGAGGGAAGUUCUAAGAAAAUCAAAAGAAGAAUAUGACCAGGAAGAAGAAAGAAAAAGAAAAAAGCAGUUAUCAGAGGAUAAACCAGAAGAGCCCUCAGUACAGAACAGUGAAACUGCAAAAAUGAAUAAUUCACAAGGGGAUGGCGAACAUUUUUCCCGCCCACCCUCAGGAAAGUUGGAAAUGUUGCCUGAAACUUCCUCCCUUCCUCAAAAAGGCCUGAAGAUUCCUGGCUUAGAACAUGCGAGUAUUGAAGGACCAAUAGCUAAUUUAUCUACACUUGGAACAGAAGAGCUCAGACAGCGAGAACACUAUCUCAAACAGAAGAGAGAUAAGUUGAUGUCCAUGAGAAAGGAUAUGAGAACCAAGCAGACACAAAAUUCAGAGCAGAAAGGAAAACCUGCAGAGGUAGAGGAAAUGACAGAGAAACCAGAAAUGACAGCAGAGGAGAAGCAGACAUUAAUAAAGAGGAGAUUACUUGCAGAGAAACUUAAAGAAGAAGUUAUUAAUAAGUAACAAUUUAGCAAAACAAAAAUUCAGAUUUUCCUAAAAAUAAAUUAUUUAAUCCUUAAAUUAAGCUUGUAAGCUGCAAAUACUUCUGUCAUUACUAUCAUUACUGUUUGAACAUUUGAGCUGAAGGGUGGUGGGGAAGGCUGCUCAUGUUGACCAGUUUAAUGUCUCCGGCAGAGACUCAUUCAUUCAGACUUGGUUACCUAUUUAUGCUAGCGUAAAUUUAGGUGCCAGAAACUUUAAACUAGAUAUUCAGGGUCCUGUCUUCAUGAGGCUAAUCAAAAGGUCCAAGAGCAAAGUGGUAAAAAGAAAAAGUGGUGUUAUAAGCAAGGCAUACCAAACCUUGAGAAAGCAUAGUUUAAAGCUGACUGGAAGGUGAACAAUAGGUAGAAAGUGGAGGAACAACUCAAGGCCUGCCCAGACAAUUUUCGAAUAAAGCAUUGGCUGAGAAGCUGGCAUUAUGGCUGGAGUAUAUAUGGAAUGAGGGGAAAGAAUGUUUGCAAAAAUUAUCGGGGUACUGAUUUUUAGGGCUUGUACGGUAGGUGAGGAUUUACAAUUUUAAGUGGCAAUGGGGGUACUCAGAAGUUUAUAGUAGUGGAGUUACAUUAUCAUUUACAGAAGAUCUGUGGAUGCUGUAUGGAGAUGUUUGGGUUAGAGUAAUUGUGGGUCUAUAAGGUAAUCCAAGAGUGAUUAUCUGGGGAGGUGUUAAGAUGGACUUUUAGAAUUUUGCAUUUGAGGCAGGAGCAAACAAGACUUUAUAGAUGUGGCCUAUGUUAAAAAUAUUCAGUUCUUCCUAGAAAAGUUACUGUUAAAAUUGAUAAAGGGAAUGAUUGACAAGCCUGUUUAAGGAAAUAUUGCUGUGGGUUCCGGUCUUUUGUAUGUGAUCUUGCAGCCUGUAGGCUGAUUCAGGAUAAUCAGAACAGGAACUCUUGCUUACAGGAACUUUGUGUUGUCAUCCCACAAGCACCCCUUUUCCUUUCAUUAUGGGCCUCUUAAGGUUUAAUUUGUAAUUUAAUUUUCUUUCCUUCAAUCUAUAAACUUAAAAAAGAAGGGAUACCAACAUUAAGUUUAGUUCCAUCAUUCAACCUGCAGAAAGAAACCAGGAUUACUCUAUAUAUUUAACACUUUUGUGUACUUAGGUUAACAAGAGUAACAACUAAUGAUUAAAACACAGGAAUCUGUUUCAUGUAACUUUUUAUUAAAAAUAGUUUUAUAUUGGAUACAUGUUUACAGAUAUAAUUUUAAGAGAACCUCAGGCAUACAAAUGUGGGCUCUGGCUUCAUUGAAUGAAGAUUAAAAAAAAAAAUCCUGAUCUGCCUGAGGGCAGUCAUUUAAGACAGCAGCUAAUGUGUGAACUUCAUAGUUGUUUUUUCAAGGGAUAUUUUAAGUAUUGUCCUUCUACCACUGUGAAUGAGCAUAUGUACCAUGAAAAUUAUUCUGUCAUUCAAGAAAGCAUUCACAUUUCUGUUAUAAGAAGAGUCCCCUUAGAUGAUUUAAAUGUUUAAGACUUAUGGUAGCUACUCAGGAAUAUUAAAAGAAACUCUAGUAUAUAGUGAUAAUACUUCCUAUUGGAACUUAAAAUUAAUCAGGGAGAGUCAAGAGUGAAUCAAAUGCUGCAGGUCUGGGCUUCUUAAAUUACAAGAAGAAAUUUACUAAAAGCUAAGAAGAGUGGAAGGCUUGAUAAAACUUCUUAGAAAGAAAGUGUGUUUGUAGGAGACCCUUAUUGAUCUUUAUUUAAAAUAUCCUGAGUCGCUUGCUUAUGAGAUGGAAGGUCUUUUUCAUUGUAUGUACCUUUAAUCAAAGACAUGAAAACAGCUCCAUGCUGUGAUGCUUUGGUGUUGAGAAUAUUAGUUGAAGGCACAUCCUCUCUAAGUAGAUAGAGUCUGUGAUAUUUAAAGUGCAAUUGACCCGCAUUUAUUUAGAAAUUCUUUCAGAUUGGUGUAUGACCCAAUAGCUUAUAAUAAAUAUCCAUGGAUAAUUUUACUGGCUUUAAAAAGGUACUGGAAAAUGGACACAUGUCAAAAUGGAAUAUAACUUAUAUUUACAACAAACCAAACAAAAGCAACAAUCAUAGAAUUACAGGGUCACAUUUUAAUUCCUGAAUUUUACAGUUUAGCAUUAAUAUCACCACAUGUAUACAAAUGGUGUAAAACAAGUACAGUGGUAUUUUAAUACAAAAUAAACAUCUGUUUUAUGGAAAAACUAUACUUCAUAUCUACACAGACAGCCCAUCUUUUCCAAACAAUAGCCAAAAUCAAAACUAACUACAAAAUCUCCAAAACAGGGAAAACUGCUUCAGUUUAAGCUAUUUCCAGGAAAAAUGGACCCAUAACACAUUACAAGGGUGAUCUGAAGAUUGUAGCUGGAAUAACUACUAGAUCCCCCCCCAAUGUACUGAAAUAUAGUGUGGGGGAUGUUAUUUUCACUUCAGCCUGAUCUCAGAUCAUAGAUGAGCAAACUAACAUUAAAAUAUUUACAGUUAACUUGCUGUUCUAAAAAUAAAACUUCUUAACUGUUUGCCUCAAUUUAUUAUUGUAAAUUCAUUUACGUACAUGGAAUGUGCUUUUACUCUUUUAAAAAGCAGCUUUUAUAUUACACCCUUGUUUAUGGAAAAGCCUUAUGUGCUCAUACACUGACACUAAAGUAACUUCUUGGAUCAAAACGGUCUCUAUAUAUUAAAUGCCACUUAAUUCAGCACUAUUCUUUGUUAGUUUUAUAAAUUGCACUUUAAAACUUGCCUGCAGCCUGAAGAGAGACGACUUUUAAUAACAAAGCAGAAAGUGACCUGAAAGUAUCUUCCACAAGAGACAGUACUGGUAGGAAGUUGAAAACAUUCUGUUCAAUACAUUCCAACAUUUUUAGAGAUCAUUUUUGAAUAGUAUGGUACCUGAUUCUUAGAAUCUAUUAUCCCUAAGAGUGCUGAUUUAAUAUUAACAAAACUGUCCAUUUUGAAUCCAGCUUGUUUUUCUUCAAAAGACACACCAAAAAUCCCUGGUGUAGAAAACACAUGUGCUAUAAUAUAGGGUGUUUUUUACUUGACUGCCUAUGAGGCUGCAUUUCUGUUAAAUCUUUAAAGAAAUGGUCCCAACAGCUUAACUUAAUUUUUUAUUACAGCUGAGUUUGUUUUCCGUUACUUUUUUUUUAAGAGGCAACUGAUUAAAAGAAUGACAUGGCCAGCACCAUUGUACAAGUAAUGUUAUUGGGUUUGCAACUGAAGUUUUAUAACUGUUUCUAUUUCAGAUACCCCCGGAGCAACCCUGCAUUAAUAUUCUAUCAACCAUGUCCCUCCCCCAAACCGUCCCCAAACCUGAGAGUUUCCCUGCUAAGAAGCUAUCUCCCAGGUUCUGGUUACUAACCUUGUUUGGACAGCCUGAAAGGCAAACCCCUUAAUUACUAGCAAGCGAUCAAGUUCCUGGGAAGCCUGUUUUUUUUUUUUUUUCUUUUUUUUGUUUUUU